AUGUCUUUAACUGCUACUAUGGCAUAUGUCCUCCUGAUACUGUCUAUACUGAACAUUAUUGUCGAUGUUAAUACAGUUAUAACCAAUACACGUUUCAAAACUAAAACUUCUACCGUACCGUCGGAAGAAAGUACAACUGAAUAUAUUUACUCUUGGUCUCGGGCAAUAAUAACAAUGGAUACCACAAAAGCGGAAAAUAAUUCCCUCCUCGAUAUAUCCAACGACGAAGAUGUUUUAGUGACGCACAGUCCAUCAGAUUUUGAUGGUUUGACAUUUAUUCCUUCUUGGUAUACGCUUCCGGUCAAAAAUUACGUAUCUAAUAUCUCUAACACACUUUCAGAAGAAAAAAGCACUUAUGUAAACCCUUCGACGAUAAUGUUGACUACAACUGAUUCCGUUGAUAUCGAAAACGGUCCUUAUAAUAUGUCCAACAAGGAAGAAGUGACGCACAGUCCAUCAGAUUUUGAUGGUUUGACAUUUAUUCCAUCUUGGUUUACGCUUCCGGUUAAAAAUUACGUAUCCAAUACAUCUAGCUCGCCGCUAGAAAAGAAUAGCACUGAUAUUAAUUAUUCAACAACAACAAUAUCGAAAUCAGAUUCAGUUAAAGACAUUGAAGUAGGUAACAAUGCUACUCUCGUUGCGCCCAAAAACAUAGAAGGUAAGUUGGUGCAUAAUUUAUCCGCCGUCAGUGAUUCGAAUAUUAAUUCUCCUCUAUACACACGUAUUGUCAAAACACACAUAAACAACACUUUUGAUAAGCCAUUAACAAAAAACAAUGUUCGUGUAUACCCUUCGAAGAUUAUUUUGACGACCACAACCGAUUCUACUGAUACCGAAAAAGUUCCUUACAAUAUUUCAAACUACAAAGAUGUAUGCGGGAGGCAACUUAUGCCAAUGGCUAGAAUAGUUGGAGGCGAUAAAGUUUCUUUUGGUGAGUGGCCGUGGCAGAUUUCAUUAAGACAUAAAAAACAGUUUAUACACAAAUGCGGGGCGGUAUUAUUCAAUGAAAACUGGGCUAUAACUACUGCUCAUUGUGUUAAAAACGUUCCAGUGACUGAUUUACACCUUGUACUCGGAAAAUACGAUUUUUCAGUAAAAGAUGAACCUUACGUAUCUAGGACAUUGCAGACAGUAAUUAUACAUCCAAAGUUUAAACCAGAUAAAAUGAAUUACGACUUGGCAAUGUUAAAAUUUGACAAACCUGUCAAAUUUCAACCGAACAUUUUACCAGUUUGCAUUCCAGAAGACGACUUAAAUUUUGUAGGAUUUUCUGCUCGUGUCACUGGUUGGGGAUCUUUGUACUAUGGCGGACAUUACCCUACCAUUCUACAAGAAGUAACAGUUCCAGUGCUCAGUAAUUCUGUUUGUGAAACUAUGUUCCGUACGGCUGGAUACAUAAAGAAAAUACCGGACACAUUUAUCUGCGCGGGUACGAAAAAUGGAGGUUUUGACGCGUGCAAAGGCGACUCGGGUGGGCCCAUGGUUGUACAGAGACCCGACAAACGCUGGGUAGUGGUGGGUAUCAUAUCGUGGGGCAUGCGAUGUGCCGAGCCAAAUAGUCCUGGAGUGUACAUGAGAAUCUCAAAAUUCAAAGACUGGAUCAAUCAAAUAAUAUUACAAUCUUAA